UGUGUGCAAUCAUGGCGGACGCAUUUGGAGAUGAUCUGUUCAGCGUGUUUGAUGAAGAACAGUCGGAAUCCAGCAAAAAAGCCACUCCGAAGUCUGCAGCUCAGACGGGGAAAAACCCUGAUAAAGCUGGGAAACAGAAGACUGGUUCAAAAGCUGCAUCUGUCCUCAAAAGAGAUACUGAUAAUGAUGGAGCUGAUGAGGUGGUGCUGGGCAAAAGACAAAAACUGGAAACGGUGUCAGCUGAGGAGAUCAAUCUGUCAGAGCUCAUGCCUAAAGUGAAGGUGGAGCAGGUGGAGACUGUGGAGGGAUGCACUCAUGAGGUGGCUCUACCUGCAGAUGAGGAAUACAUACAACUGAAACCACGGGUUGGAAAAGCAGCAAAGGAGUACCCAUUCAUACUGGACCCUUUCCAGCGCGAAGCCCUCCUGUGCAUCGAUAACAACCAGUCUGUACUUGUGUCGGCCCACACAUCAGCAGGAAAGACAGUGUGUGCAGAGUAUGCCAUCGCUUUGGCACUCCGAGAAAAGCAACGAGUGAUCUUCACUAGCCCCAUCAAAGCCUUGAGCAACCAAAAGUACAGAGAGAUGUACGAGGAGUUUCAGGACGUGGGUCUGAUGACCGGUGAUGUCACCAUCAACCCCACAGCCUCCUGCCUGGUCAUGACCACUGAGAUCUUGAGGAGCAUGCUCUACAGAGGGUCCGAGGUCAUGAGAGAGGUGGCGUGGGUCAUCUUUGACGAGAUUCAUUAUAUGAGAGAUGCAGAGCGUGGAGUGGUUUGGGAGGAAACCAUCAUCCUACUGCCAGACAACGUGCACUAUGUCUUCCUCUCAGCCACCAUUCCCAACGCCCGGCAGUUUGCGGAGUGGAUUUGUCACCUCCAUAAACAGCCCUGCCACGUGGUUUACACGGACUACCGCCCCACUCCCCUGCAGCACUACGUCUUUCCAGCAGGGGGCGAUGGACUUCAUCUUGUUGUGGAUGAGAACGGAGAGUUCAGAGAAGACAACUUCAACACAGCCAUGCAGGUCCUGAGGGACUCCGGGGACUCUGGAGGCAGCAGUGGGGGCAAAUGGGACCCCAAAGGCCGAAGGGGUGGAACCAAAGGUCCAUCCAACGUGUUUAAGAUCGUGAAGAUGAUCAUGGAGAGGAACUUUCAGCCGGUGAUCAUCUUCAGCUUCAGUAAGAAAGAGUGCGAGGCCUACGCACUGCAGGUGUCCAAACUGGAUUUCAACACAGAUGAAGAGAAGAAACUGGUGGAGGAAGUGUUCAACAAUGCCAUAGACUGCCUCUCUGAUGAAGAUAAGAAACUGCCUCAGGUGGAGCAUGUCCUGCCAUUGCUGAAGAGAGGGAUUGGAAUUCAUCAUGGUGGUCUCCUCCCCAUCCUGAAAGAGACCAUUGAGAUCCUUUUCUCUGAGGGACUGCUGAAGGCCUUGUUUGCUACUGAAACUUUCGCCAUGGGAAUCAACAUGCCUGCUCGAACCGUGCUCUUCACCAGCGCACGCAAAUUUGACGGCAAAGACUUCCGCUGGAUCACCUCUGGAGAAUACAUCCAGAUGUCAGGACGUGCUGGCAGAAGAGGAAUGGACGAGAGAGGAAUCGUCAUAUUCAUGGUGGAUGAGAAGAUGAGCCCCGCUGUGGGCAAACAGUUACUGAAGGGUUCUGCUGAUCCUUUGAACAGUGCAUUCCAUCUGACAUACAACAUGGUGUUGAAUCUGCUGCGUGUGGAGGAGAUCAACCCGGAGUACAUGCUGGAGAAAUCCUUCUACCAGUUCCAGCACUACAGAGCCGUGCCAGGCGUCCUGGAGAAGAUGAAAAAGAUGGAGGAGGAGUACAAUUCCAUUCGAAUUCCUAAUGAAGAGAGCGUGGUGACCUACUACAAGAUCCGCCAGCAGCUGGCCAAACUAGGCAAAGAGAUUGAGGAUUAUAUUCACAAACCGAGAUACUGCCUUCCUUUCAUGCAGCCAGGCAGACUAGUCAGGGUAAAAAAAGAAGAUUUGGAUUUUGGUUGGGGAGUAGCUGUCAAUUUCUCAAAGAAAUCAAAUGUCAAGGCUGGCACUGGUGAGCUUGAUCCUUUGUAUGUGGUUGAAGUUCUGGUCAACUGCAGUAAAGACAGUUUGAAGAAUGCGGCCACAGAGGUAGCCAAACCCGCAGGCCCAGGAGAAAAGGGCGAGAUGCAGGUUGUUCCUGUGAUGUUGCAUCUCGUUACCUCCAUCAGCUCUGUCCGUCUGUACAUCCCUAAAGACCUGCGACCAUACGACAACAGACAGAGCAUGCUCAAAUCCAUACAGGAGGUGCAGAAGCGUUUCCCAGAUGGUGUUCCGCUGCUGGAUCCCAUAGAUGACAUGGGAAUCAAGGAUCCAGGGCUAAAGAAGGUUGUUCAGAAGGUGGAGGCAUUCGAGCACAGGAUGUACACACACCCCCUGCACAGCGAUCCCAAUCUGGAGGUCGUCUACACCCUGUGUGAAAAGAAAGCACUGAUUGCAGGCAACAUUAAAACGGCAAAGCGUGAAUUGAAGAGAGCUCGUACUGUGCUACAGAUGGAUGAGCUGAAGUGCAGGAAGCGCGUGCUGAGGCGCCUGGGAUUUGCCACUUCCUCUGAUGUCAUCGAGGUGAAAGGCCGUGUGGCCUGUGAGAUCAGCAGUGCUGAUGAGUUGCUGCUGACAGAGAUGGUGUUUAAUGGGCUGUUCAACGAUCUGACGGCAGAACAGGCCACCGCACUCCUCAGCUGCUUUGUCUUCCAGGAAAAUGCCAAUGAGAUGCCUAAACUGACCGAGCAACUGGCCGGACCACUGCGACAGAUGCAGGAAUGUGCCAAGCGUAUUGCUAAGGUGUCUGCAGAGGCCAAGCUGGACGUGGAUGAGGACACAUAUCUGAACCAGUUCCGCCCGCACCUGAUGGAUGUUGUGUACACCUGGGCCAACGGCUCAUCAUUCUCCCAGAUAUGCAAGAUGACAGAUGUGUUUGAAGGCAGUAUUAUCCGCUGCAUGCGAAGAUUGGAGGAGCUUUUGAGACAGAUGUGCCAGGCGGCCAAGGCCAUUGGAAAUACAGAGCUGGAGAACAAGUUUGCAAUGGGUAUAACGAAGAUCAAGAGGGAUAUUGUGUUUGCUGCCAGUCUUUAUUUGUGAUCCUUCAACACCUAUUUUUGAGCCUUGGAUAAGGUUUCUUUUUUUUUUUUCUAGACAUUGAAAGACAAUUAACAUUGAACAUAAUU